AAAAAUAGAAAGUCGAUAUUUGCUGGGAAACUUCCACAGUCAAAGUUCAAACGUGUCUCCUAACAUUCUUUGACUUUUCCUCCUCAAUCUCUCUCGUCCUAUAAAUAUUUUCUCAAUUCUAAAAGCCGCCACAACCAGAAAACAUGGCUUCUCACGAGGCAAGGCCAUUGGAGAUGGAAGAUUUCGAUGAAGCCAGCAGCAGUGGAUGUGGGUGUGGCUGCUUCAGAGGUUUUGACUUGAAGAAAUGGUGGGGAGAAGGUGAUGAAGAGGGUAAAGGGCUACUUGAUGAACAAAGUGGGGAGGGAGAGUCAUGGGUGGUGGAGAAGCUAAGGAAGGCAAAGGAGGCUUCAGAAGUGAUUGCCGGUCCCAAGUGGAAGACUUUCAUAAGAAAGAUAAGUGGGUAUGGGAAGAAGAUGAAGCAGCAAAGAAACAGGUUCCAGUAUGAUGAACACAGCUACAAUCUCAACUUCAAUAGUGGCGCUCAGAGUGAAGAUGAAGCCAUGCCUUACAGCUUCUCAGCAAGGUUUGCUGCUCCAGGACGUCGCCAAAAUGAAUCAUGACAUACUUGCAUGCAUCUUCUGCUUUUCUUAAACAUCUACUGUUGUUGCCUAAACUUGUUUACAUGAAUAUUGAUGUGUUCUUAAUCUUGUAAUUAUCAUUCAUUGUGUGAAGAUCGUGUAUAUCGUUCUUUUCCCACUUAAUAAAAUUCUGAUUUUAGUUUGCUAAA